GCAACACCAAUAGCAACAGCAGCAGCAGCAGCAGCAGCAGCAGCAGGGUCCAGCUGUGGACACUUCGACCCUUGAGAAGCUCUUCUGAAUCUUCUAGCACUCAGCUAGCCCCCAAGCCCUCUUCACAAUAUACCCACCCUCGUCCUGGAGGUUUGAAAUCUGGACCAGGGCAUGGUGUGCUGAGGACCCUCUGGAGCACGUUAUCCUGACCUGGACUUGAAGAAACCCAAGGCCGGAGACAACAUGGCCAACCCAGUACAGCCUCCGCUUCAAGACCCAGGCUCCACCUCACCCUUGGAACUGCCUGAGAUGCAGAAACUUCUCACCAAAGUGGAGAACAAGGAUGACCAAGCCCUGAAUCUGUCCAAGUCUCUGUCAGGAGCUCUGGACCUGGAGCAGAAUGGUCACAGCCUGCCCUUCAAGGUCAUCUCCGAGGGGCACCGCCAGUCCUCCCUUUCUGGCUCCCCUUCCCGGGCCAGCUCUCGGCGAGCGUCUUCCAUCAUCACCACCUCCUAUGCCCAGGACCAAGAAGCCCCCAAAGAUUACCUGGUCCUUGCCAUUGCCUCGUGCUUCUGCCCUGUCUGGCCCCUCAACCUCAUUCCCCUCAUCUUUUCUAUCAUGUCUCGAAGUAGUGUGCAGCAGGGGGACCUGGAUGGGGCGCGGAGGCUGGGCCGCCUGGCGCGGCUACUCAGCAUCACCUUCAUCAUCCUGGGCAUCGUCAUCAUCAUUGUGGCUGUCACUGUCAACUUCACAGUUUCCAAGUAACCGCGGGAGCUGUUUCUAGCGGAGGCAGAUGCCGGCCAGCUGGAGAGUCCAAACACAUGUCCCCACACAUUACAAAGGACAGGAUGGUGGCUGCUGAGUGCCCACCUGUCCCCAAGCUCCAAAAGCACAAACUUGGAGGGAAAUCUCCACAUCACUCCAUUGUCAGCCUACGGCAGAUGGGAAGGAAAGUCUGGAAUGAAGUUGGCCGUGGACUCAAUCUCAUAGUCAUGUCUCUCGCCUUUUGACCUCAGUUCUCGGGCUUGUUCUCUUCCCACAAUUCCUGGGACUUACGUAGAGUAAACUGCCAGAACGGGAAGAAAACCAGCCUGCGGCCAAGAAAGAAGCCCUGGGUGUCUAUGAACGUGAGCGCCUCCUGGCCGCUGUCUUUUCUAUUUUUCUCGAGGGGGAAUAAACAGACUGUUUGCAUGCUUUGUACUGAACAUCCACCAGUGACCCCAGCCAGAGCCCAAGGAGAACCUGUCACUCAGCACAGGCCCUGGAUACCCACUGGCAAAGAGAAGAACUAUGCGGAAAUCCUCCAUUGAUGACUGGCUAGGGAUAGCAUCACAGACCUGGUGCUCUUGCUGAACAUCACGCUGAGGCUUCUCUACCAAGGACUCUGGAUCCAGACUAUCUCCCAGAACCACAGAUCUGCCUCUUGAUUUCCACCUGUGCUGUAGUCUGUGGGCACCAACCUGGAAGCCCUAGAACUUGGCCUGUCUCAGGUCAGCCAUGGGGAGGGGCAGGGUUUGUUUUCUCUCUCUUGCCGCUGACUCUUUGGAGGUCUGAGAUCCCACCUUGGUAACCCACGUGAGUAACCCAGGAGACCUAUACAGGGGAUUCAGGGGAACCCACACAGAAGAGCUGAAUCCUGGCUUCAGACUGUUAGCCGAGCUCUACGGAUGUUCUGUGCCUGGUCUUACAUCCCUGGCCAUCCGCAGCAACAAAGGCUUUCCCUAGAGGUAGCUUUGAGACUCCUACUGGACUCUCCUGUUUAUUUGUAGGCCCUGGGGAGUCACUGCAGCUUCUAAGGGAGAGGGCGAGAGAAUUCUUAGUAAGGUUUGUUAUUUCUUGAUGUGGAGCUCAAGGAGUCUAGCAGGAAAGGUUCAGCUCAAAGGGCAGUCUGGGGAGUGGGACCAGGACAGGAAGCAAAGGCCCAGUAGCCAUAGCCUCUUGUCUUAGGACGGAGCAGAAGAUGGGAAGGAAGCUAAAACAAAAACAAAAACAAAAACAAAAUCCUCUGCCAAACAGCUUCAUG